AUGGAAGUGCUGGAGGAGCAGAUCCGAUGGGCUUUGGUGGUGCAGCGCAGCGCGGAAACAACACAGGCCAUCGUGGACCUGUGUGGACUGAUGAGCGGGGAGUCUGCCGGUUAUAUUGCUUACUACGCUGACAACUUCAAUGGUACACGUCUGGAGCACGAUGUGCCACAGGUUGGUCUGCCGGCCAGGAGGAGGAGGAUGUUGUACGAGACUAUGGUGGCCAAAGGAAAUUCUGCUCCUCGUCAAGGAAUCGUGGAGCAAGUGACAAUGGAAGAGUAG